AUGUCUCAUGUUAAAUUCACUCCGGCCUACUCCUACUACGACGUGCAAUACUCUGAUUUCUCCCACAUCAACUACACACAGCCUGACCUCUCCGAAGAUGAAUUAGGAUCAGGCGAGGAAGGACAGGAUCGGCCACCUGAUGAUUACAGGCCCAGGGAGCAGCAGCUGCCGUUUUCUUAUAGCCCUCACCAGCCCAGGGAGGAGAAGCACAGGAAGGAGAAGAAGGACAAGGACAAGGACAAGAAGAAGGACAAGUCGUCGUCGAAGAGGCACCACCACAUGAGUGACGCGGCUGGGGUGCCAGAGGCGCCCGACGCCCCUGCUGAUAGUGGUGCCGCGGUGCCUCCCGGGCGAGCUGCUGCUGAGAAGGACUCGUGGACCCUGCCAACCAGCAAAUCGGGCAAGAAGAAGAAGAAGAAUAAGUCGUCAAAGGACAAGGACGCCGCGAAGGCGCCUGAGCCCGCGGAGCCUGAAAAGCCCCCAGCCCCGGAUGCUCCAGCUGAGUCUCAAGAGGAAUCAAAAGACGAAGCAAAUGAUGAGUCAAAGGAGGAACGGGAGGAGGAGGUAAAAGAGGAGGAGCCCAAGGAAGAGCUGAAAGAGGAACCCAAGGAAGAGCUGAAAGAGGAGCCUGCAGAAAAGCCAAUUGAGGAGGUAAAAGAGGAAGUCAAGGAGAAACCACCUCCCGAAGAGCCUAUUUCCCCCAAGAAAAGCAGAAAGGAAAAGAAGAAAGAGAAGAAGAAGGACAAGAAAGCCACCAAAAAGGCGGAGAAGUCAUCAUCGAAGGAGAAGGGCCACUCACCGAAGGACGAAGCGCCAAAGGAGGCUGAGAAGAAGCCUGUCGACGACACCCCCGCCGCCGCUGCCACCAAUGGGGAAGCGGACCAGGAAUCUCCCGUACCAGACGACAAAGCUGACGAUUCCGCCGAGGCGCCGGCGGCAUCCGAAUCAGCUGCUGCGCCCGAAAUAGAGGAGGAUGCCGCGAAGUCUGCUGAAGAGUCAAAACCAGCCGAUGGGCCAGCCGCUGCCGAGGAAUCUAAGCCAGCUGAGGAGGAAUCUAAGCCAGCUGAGGAGGGAUCUAAGCCAGCUGAGGAGGAAUCUAAGCCAGCUGAGGAGGAAUCUAAGCCAGCUGAGGAGGAACCUAGCAUGCCUGACGAAGCCCCGGCAGCAGGAGAAGAGAAGGCUGUUGAGGAGAAGGCUGUUGAGGAGAAGGCUGUUGAGGAGAAGGCUGUUGAGGAGAAGGCUGCUGAGGAGAAGGCUGUUGAGGAGGGCGACCACGCAAGUGAGGAUGCCAAGCCAGUCGAAGAAGCCAAGGCUGGUGAAGAAGAAUCAAAGGCAGCUGAAGAAGUUAAUCCAGGCGAUGAAACCCCGGCAACCGAAGAAACGAAGACUGUGGAAGGAGCUCCGGCAGCAGAUGAAGAACCUGCUGUACCCGAAGAAACCAAAGCCAGCGAAGGAGAGUCGAAGGGAGCUGAAGAAGCACCCUCCACCGAAGCAGCCCCAACCGCCGAAGAGUCAAAAGAAGCUGAAGAAACGAAGGCGGCGGAAGCUCCAGCAGCCGAGGAAACACCAGCAGCCGAGGAAACACCAGCAGCCGAAGAAUCGCAAGAAACGAAGCCUGCGGAAGCUCCAGCAGCAGACGACGAAGCUGCUGUAUCCGAAGAAACUAAGGCCAAUAAAGAAGAGUCUAAGGGCGCUGAUGAAACGCCCUCCACUGAAGCAGCUCCGGCAGUUGAGGAAACACCAGCAGCUGAAGAAUCCAAGCCUGUGGAAGCCCCAGCAGCAGAUGAAGAAGUCGCUGUAUCCGGAGAAACCAAGGCUAGUGAAGAAGAGUCCAAGGGAGCUGAUAAUGCCCCCUCCACCGAAGAAACUCCGGCAGUUGAGGAAAAAUCAGCAACUGAAGAAUCAAAAGGAGCUGAAGAAACAAGGACUGCGGAAGCUCCGGCAGCUGAGGAAGCUGCUGUACCCGAAGAUGAAAAGGUAGGCGAUGAAGAGUCUAAGGGGACUGAAGAAGCACCCUCUAGCGAAGAAGCGUCUACAGUCGAAGAUUCGAAAGCGGCCGAAGAAGCUGCUGUAUCCGAAGAAACCAAGGCCAGUGAAGAAGAGUCCAAGGGAGCUGACCAAGCGCCCUCCACCCCCUCCACCGAAGAAGCUCCAGCAACCGAGGAAGCUGCUGUACCCGAAGAUGAAAAGGUAGGCGAUGAAGAGUCUAAGGGGACUGAGGAAGCACCAUCUAGCGAAGAAGCACCAUCUAGCGAAGAAGCACCUACAGUCGAAGAUUCGAACGUAGCUGAGAAAGCUGCUGCAUCCGAAGAUAAAAAGGCUGGUGAAGAAGAGUCUAAGGGGACUGAAGAUGCACUUUCCAGCGAAGAAGCACCAUCCGGCGAAGAAGCUCCCGCAGUCGAAGAUUCGAAAGUAGCUGAAGAAGUUGCUGCAUCUGAAGAGACUAAUGGGACUAAAGAAACACCCUCCUCCGAAGAAACACCCUCCUCCGAAGAAACACCCGCAGAUGAGGAAAAGAAAGCAGACGGAGAAACCCCUACAGCCGAAGUAUUGAAAGUGGGCGAUGAAGAAAACAAACCCGCGGAGGAGGCUACGGCAUCGGCAGAGUCUAAGGCAGCCGACGGCGAUACAGUAACCGAUGAAGCUCCAGAAUCCGAAGCAUCGAAAGCAACUGAAGAAGCACCAGCAGCUGAAUCAAAAGCAGCUGAAGAAGCUGCUGUAUCCGAAGAAACUAAGGCUAGCGAAGAAGACUCUGAGGCAGCUGAACCAAAAGCAGUUGCAGAAGUACCCGAUGCUGAAGAAUCGAAGGGAAAUGAAGAAUCACCUUCCGUCGAGGAAGCUCCAAAAUCUGAAGAAGUAUCGGCAGCUAAAGAAGAACCGGCAGCGGAAGUGGAACCCAAGCUAGCGGGGGAAGCGGCGCCAUCUGCGGAAUCAGAGACAGCUGAUGAAGCCCCGGCAGUGGAAGAAUCGAAAGUAACUGAAGAAGUCCCUGCAGCCGGAGAUUCGAAAGCAGCCGAAGCACCCGCUGCUGAGGAAGAAACUAAACCUACCGAAGUAGCUGCGUCAUCUGCAGAAGCAAAGGUAUCUGAUGAAGCCCCAACAGCCGACGAAUCCAAAGCAGCCGAAGAAGCACCCUCAGUCGAAACAGCACCCUCAGUCGAAGCACCACCCUCAGUCGAAGCAACACCCUCAGUCGAAGAAGCACCAGCAGUCGAAGAAGCACCAACAGUUGAAUCGACGACCGUUGAGGAAGCUGCGAAGUCCGAGGCAAUCCAGCCAGCUGAGGAGAAAACCAAAUUCAUCCCUGCCGAAGUGCCUCGCACACCAUGUCCUCAAUGGUCAUAUCCUAGUUCUCCUCAGGAAGCUCCAACGGUCGAGGUGUCGAAAGUAGCCGGAGAAGUCCCUGGAGCCGAGCAAGCCGCAGCAUCUGCAGAAUCAAAGGCGACGGAUCAACCACCAGCCACAGAAGAAAACAAGGUAGCUGAAGAUGAAGCUACAUCGGCCGAGGCAGUAGUGACACCUGCAGAAUCCAACGCAGCCGUUGAAGCCACACCCGUCGAAGAAACUCAGGCUGCCGAGACAGCCCCGGUAACUGAGGAACAAAUCAAACCAGCCGAGGAGGCUGACGUGUCAACGGAAUCCAAGACAGUUGAAGAGACCGAGGCAGAUCAAGGAGCUUUAGCAGCUGUGGAGGCUGUGGUAUCCCAAGAAACCAAGGCCGCCGAGGAAGCUGCAUCGUCCGAGGAAGCGGAAGCCAAGGUAGCUGGGGACGCUCCGGAAGCUGAAGGGACGAAGGCUACUGAAGAGGAAAUCAAACCCGAUGAGGAAGCUGUCGCAGCUGAAGAAUCGAAGGCGAAUGAUGAAAACAAGACGGCUAUUGAAGCUCCGGGACCCGACAAAUCUGAGACUGGUGAGGAAGAGUCAAAGGCAGCUGAUUCAACCGAGUCAAAAGAAGAAACCAAGGCUAGCGAGGAAGCAUCAAAGACACCCGAUGAAGCCCCAAUAGCUGCGGAAUCCACGGUUGCCGAGGAGGAAAUUAAGCCAGUUGAAGAUUCGAAGGCCACUGAAGAAUCGAUACCAAGUGUAGAGGCCCUAGCAAUUGACGAAACGAAGAACGAGGCACCGACCUCAAAGGCUGAAGAAGACACCAAACCGGGCGAGGAAGCUGCAGCGGUUGACGAAUCCAAGGAAGCUGAAGCACUGACUUCGGCAACUCAAGAAGUGCUGGCAGCUGACGUAAGUAAGGCGGGCGAGGACGAGUCGAAAACAGCUGAUGAACCCAAGUCAAUUGAGGAAACCAAGGUAGCCGAAGAAGCUAAGGCGGGCGAACACGGAUCGAAGGCAACUGACGAAGCACUAACCCCAGUAUCCGAAGAAACCCAGAGUAUUGAGGAAGAAAAUAAAGCUUCCAAGGAAGGAAAUAAUCCUGUUGAAGAAUCCCCGGCAGCUGAAGAAACCACGGGAUCUGAGAAGACCUCAAAGACCGAGGAAAUCAAAUUAGCUGAGGGAACUCCAGCAGCAGAACAGUCUAAGCCUGCUGAAGUCGAAACUGCGGCUGUUGAAGGCGAGACAGAGUCUGUUCCCGAAGAGACUAAAGCUGGUUCCGAAGAGCAAAGUAUACCAAUCGAGGCUGCUACUGCAGAUGAGCCUACGGAAACCGAAAAAUCAGCAGAUAUCAAGCCAGCUGAAGAAACCAAAGCAACCAUUCCAGCCGAAGAUAGCAAAUCUACCGGGGGGGAACCGCUGGCAGCCGAAGAAACCAGACCUGUCAUUGAAGACGUCGAUUUUGUUGAAGAAAAGGAAUCAAAGACUGGAGCAGACGAAACGAAAUCGGCUGAAACGGUGGCAGAGGAGGGAGGGGAGACACAAGGACUUCCAGCUGUUGACGAUCUAAAGCCAACCGAGGCAGCCCCAGUAUCCACAGAAGAUGAAGUUAAACCUUCUGACAAGCCAGAUGCGGCGACAAGUAUGGACGAAUCAAUAGCUUGCGCUGAAUCUAAGCCAGAGGGCGAGGAUAACGCCGAUGAAUCACCGUCAACGGAGAAAGCCGAAACAGCCGAUAAGCCCACUGAAACUGAAGAAACUGAAGUCGGGGAUAAGUCUACUCCUGAUGAACCCGAGGGAGAAAGCCUAGCUUCCUCGUCCAAGGCGGCAGAAAAUGAAGACCAGUCAGCUGAGGAAUCAACAGAGACCUCAAGCGACAAAGACUCGGCGUCGGACUCGGCUAAGUCGGACGCUACGGCAGAUACAUUGGUCGUGGAUACUGGCGACAAAACUGAGACUCAUGAAGUAGGCUCGGAUGAGGGCGAGGAUGAUAAGGCUGAAGACAAAGCUUCCAGAAGUACUGAAGAGUCAGCACAAAAGGAAGAGCUUCCUGAGUCGACCGCACUACCAGACGCGGCUACUGGAGAUGAGGUAGAGAAGCCUGCCGAGGAAGAUAUGUCGGCUAAGAAGGAGAACCUGGCAGCUGAUGACAAGCCCACUGAUGAGGAGAAGCCAACUGAAGAGAAACCAACCGAGGACGACAAACCAGCUGAGGGCGACAAGCCUACCGAUGAGGAGAAGUCGGUUGAAGGUGAUAAAUCGACCGAAAAUGAGAUGCCAGCUGAAAAGAAGUUAACUGAAGACGACAAGUCAGCUGAGGAGGAGAAGCCGGUUGAAAGUGAAAAACCAGCCGAAGACGACAAGCCAGUUGAAGAUGAUAAGCCAGUUGAAGAUGAUAAGCCAGUUGAAGAUGAUAAGCCAGUUGAAGAUGAUAAGCCAGUUGAAGGCGACAAGCCAGUUGAAGACGACAAGCCAGUUGAAGACGACAAGCCAGUUGAAGACGACAAGCCAGUUGAAGAUGACAAGCCGGCUGACGGAGACAAGCCAACCGAUGAAGAGAAGGCAGCUGAAGGCGACAAACCAGCCGAGGAGGAUAAGCCGUUGGAAAACGAGAAAUCAGCUGAAGAUAAGGAAGCAUCCGAGGAUGAGAAAUCGGCGGAAGAGGAGAAGCCUGCUGAAAGCGGUCAACCGGCUGAAAGUGAUAAGCCGGCUGAGGAGAAGCCGGCUGAGGAGGAGAAGCCGAUUGAGUCCGUUGAAGAUGAGAAGCCUGUCGAAGAGGAGAAGCCUGUCGAAGAGGAGAAGCCUGUCGAAGAGGAGAAGCCUGUCGAAGAGGAGAAGCCUCCUGUCGAAGAGGAGAAGCCUGUCGAAGAGGAGAAGCCUGUCGAAGAGGAGAAGCCUGCUGAGGAGGAGAAGGCAGUUGGGGAGGAGAAACUGACUGAGUCUGUUGAAGAUAAGAAGCCUGCUGAAGAGGAGAAGGUUGCUGGGGACGAGAAGGCG